GCAAAAAGUUUUUUUUUUUUUCCUGCUCCAGAAAGUGAGCUGCGGAGAUUUGUUUUAUACCAACCGAGGACUCUUUCUUAGCAGAAUAUUCUCCAACAGCUUCCACUUUGGCCCAAAAACAGAAGAAGUGAGACGUGUGUUGUGUUUUUAUUUUUUUUUCGUCUUUUGUGGCUGCGUCUGCAUCUUUUUUUUUUUUUUUUUUUUGGAAAAGUCGGGGCCGGGACGACAACACAGAUUCCAGUGUGGAGCAGAUAUGCGCUUUGUUACAUUCACAAGUAUGCCAGCAAGAAACAACAGGAAAGCGCUGUCUUUCACCGCAGAUUUCGACAGCUAACACACUUUUGGAGAGAAUAAAGCGCUCGGCUGUUAGACUUUAGAAUGACUCGGGGUCACUUCUACUGAGUCCCGUCGAGAUUUCCUGCUGCUGUGUGGAAGGGAGAAAAAAGAAGAAAAAAAAGUUUGGGAUUGGCUCAAACUUUUUUUUUUUGUCAGUUUCUGAACGCGACAUUUUCGGACACAUAAAGUUCGCAGACCGUUCUGGGACAAUGGAUCAGCAUAACCCUCCUGCCGGACACCAAAUCGUCCACGUACGGGGCGACUCUGAGACCGACCUGGAGGCUCUGUUUAACGCCGUGAUGAACCCGAAAAACACUAUCGUGCCCCCUUCCGUACCCAUGAGGAUGAGGAAACUGCCAGACUCCUUCUUCAAACCCCCUGAACCAAAGUCCCAUUCUAGACAAGCCAGCACCGAUGCUGGGAGCGGCGGAGUACUCACCCCCCACCAUGUCCGCGCGCACUCGUCCCCGGCCUCCCUGCAGCUGGGAGCUGUCACGGGUCUGUCUGGCAUGCCCCCCCCAGGUGCUGCCCCUCAACAUCUGCGUCAGUCUUCCUAUGAGAUUCCCGAUGAUGUGCCCCUGCCCCCGGGCUGGGAGAUGGCCAAAACCCCCUCGGGCCAGAGAUACUUCCUCAACCACAUUGAUCAGACCACCACUUGGCAGGAUCCUCGCAAGGCCCUGCUCCAGAUGAACCAGGCCCCCCCACCCAGUUCUGUGCCAGUCCAGCAACAGAACAUUAUGAACCCAGCCAGUGGUCCUCUCCCUGAGGGCUGGGAACAAGCUAUUACAUCCGAGGGAGAAAUUUACUACAUCAACCACAAGAACAAGACCACAUCCUGGCUCGACCCACGACUUGACCCACGCUUUGCCCUGAACCAGCAGAGGAUCUCCCAGAGUGCUCCGGUGAAGCAGGGAGGGCAGCUCCCUCCCGGAAUCAUGGGAGGCAACAACCAGAUGAGACUGCAGCAGAUCGAGAAGGAAAGGCUGCGGCUGAAGCAACAGGAGCUGCUUCGGCAGAGACCACAGGAGCUCGCUAUAAGGAAUCAGCUGCCUACCAGCAUGGAUCAAGAUGGCAGCACAAACCCUGUGUCCUCCCCCAUGGCCCAGGAUGCCCGGACCAUGACCACCAACAGCUCUGACCCAUUCCUCAACAGCGGGACCUACCACUCCAGGGAUGAGAGCACAGACAGCGGCUUGAGUAUGAGCAGCUACAGCGUCCCUCGCACUCCAGAUGACUUCCUCAACAGUGUGGAUGAGAUGGACACAGGAGACUCUCUCCCACCCUCCAUGGCGACACAGCCCAGUCGUUUCCCCGACUACCUGGACACCAUCCCGGGAACAGACGUGGACCUGGGCACCCUGGAGAGUGAGAGCAUGGCGGUGGAGGGCGAAGAGCUGAUGCCCAGUCUCCAGGAGGCCCUGAGCUCCGACAUCCUCAACGACAUGGAGACGGUGCUGGCAGCUACCAAGAUCGACAAGGAGAGCUUCCUCACGUGGUUAUAGAAGAUCCGAGCAGGGCGCUCCGUACUCCUCCUCGUCACACUCUGAACUGCUGCCUGCUCUACUCUGUGAAGGAGUCACAGACGCUUUUUAAACAAGACAUUUCAGCGAGCCUCUCUGGACUUCUGUUUCUGGCUCGCCGUGUAUAAGGCCAAGCUCUCCUGAGGCAGUGUUGUUCUUUUCUUUUUCACUGGUGUGUUAUCUCUUUAUUUUGUCUGUGUCUUCAAGGCUGGCCCAUGAACAGACAAUUACACGAGGGUCCCCAAAUCUUUCGCAGAUCUGUCCGUGAAUCUAGGGCAUCUUUCUCUGGUCUCCCCUCAUAGCUGAGCUGAGCUGGUGCAUGCACGCUCUCCUGCAAGGACUCCCAUCAUCAGACGUCACCCCUCAGCUCUGGUGCCUCUUUUUCUUGCAACAUAGCAUAAAGCAGCACUACUUAACUGCAUUUGGGACUAUUGCAUCUAGCUUAAGUAGCUUUAUAUUUGGCCUUGUAUGUUUUUAUUCUUCUUUUUUUUUUGUGUGUGUUUUCAACGAGCCUGAGCAACCAAAAAUGAUGUAUUUGAAGCAUAAAGAACAAUACUGAUUUGGAGUAAAGGUAACGUGAGGCCCAGUUUGAUCACGUUAGCUUUGCUGGG